AUGAGCAAACGAAAGUUCAUGAAGGAUAGCGAUGAAGAUGCACAAGAUCAAGACUACCAGGACCAUCAAGACUCGGAUGAAGACUGCGAGCCAUCCUCGGGCGAGAUUUUUCAAGGACGUCCUUACGUGCUAUCACUUCGUGUGACGCGAUCUAGAUCAACCUUGAAUGCAUCCGACCCGCAAAACCGAGAUGACGAAGAGGUCCAGGGACAAAUCCGUGAUGGUGGGGAUGACACGACUCGUGAAGACAACACCUCCGAGGCUACGCUCCAAAAUGCUCCUCACCACCCCCAAGUAAGUGUGAAAGCUCAGCAUCGAUCGUGCGGUGUCCUCAUCAACACUUUUGUUGCUUCUCGAUCCCACAUCACUGACUCUGAGGCGCAGGUGUCGAAUGAUCUCAGCAACGGUCCGGACGAGGCUCACGUCGCACGGCUGCGUAGAUGUGGCAAAACCAAAUACUGCGGAGUCAAAUCACCACGCAUCGCAGAACCGAAGAAGCUCAAACGAGAAACAGGACGUUUCUUUUGCGUCAUCUGUGGUUCUAACUUCACCCGAGCUGCAAGCGUCAACUACCACUUCCCAGGUUGUGUGGAGAGGUAUGGGAAUCCGCUGGGCAAUUGUUGGAACGACCAUCCCUCAUGCGCACCCAGAAGAGCACGCAAAGACGCUCUCGCCGAUGAUCCCUCUCCUCCCGUCCAAGCGUCCGCUUCAAAGAAACGAUGCAUCCAAACUCUCUCAUCAGGUCCAUCAACUGCUAACCCGAGUGGUGGGAAUGACAUGCACCAACCCCGGCAGACAUCACAUGCAAGUGCUCUACCAAUGGGACCACGCGUGACUCGAUCCCGGACAACACAGAGGACGUCGGAGACUCAGCCUAAUUCGGACGUUCAUGGUACCAGGACGUCAUCCAAAUCGAUGCAGAGAGCUUCGAAGCCUAUCAAACCUCGGCCCAAGCCAACACAGUCGUUGCCUGAUAAGAAGCAGCACACCUCCAAUCCAAGUGGCAAGCGAAAGCCGAGAACCCAGAGCAAGAAGGCAUCUGAUAGCGGGGAGAAAACCAAUGUUCAAAGGUUCGGAAUCGACGGGAGCCUUCCUCCACUUUCAGAUCUCGAUGCGAUAUUCCAUGAUCUCGUUUCGAAUGCGUUGAAGGAGACAACUCUGGAGCAUGCGAUGGAAACUCUCCCUGAAAAGCAGAUCCAUAUUGCUACAAUGUGCUCCGGAACCGAAAGCCCAUUGCUCGCUUUGGAAAAGAUUCAGAAGGACCUAGAGCUUCGUGGGAAGCCUACGUUGAACAUAAAGCACCUUUUCAGUGCGGAGAUUGUUCCGUUCAAACAGGCCUACAUCGAGCGAAACUUUCAUCCCGAUAGGCUUUUCCGCGACAUUCGGGAAAUGGCUGAAGGAGGACAGGCGACCACCGCGUAUGGUGCUCUAACUGAUGUCCCCUCGGAUGUGGAUAUUCUCGUAGCCGGAUUCUCGUGCGUUGACUUCUCGAGGCUCAACAAGAAUACUAAGAAAUUGACGGACACCGGUGAGUCUGGUGACACAUUCCGAGCAAUUCUUGGAUACGCGAAGCAAUAUAGGCCAGCCAUUAUUAUUCUCGAGAACGUGGAUGGCGCGCCUUGGGACCUGAUUCAAGCUAUCUGGCAGAAUGAUCGCGAGUCCGUUCAGGAGCACUGCAAGAAAGUCGACGGUGGAAUAGACCCGAAUGAACUCGAGCUUGACACGUUCUGGGACGAGGAUGAUCCUGCAUACUCCGCCGACUAUCAGAGAGUCGACGCGAAGCAUUACUACAUUCCUCAAACCCGCACCCGAAGAUACAUGAUAUGCCUCGAUCGCCUUCGAUUCCCAUCACCAGACCAAGCAGACGAAGCAGUACAGAAGUGGAAGCAGUACAUGGUGGCACUUCGACGAACGGCAAGCGUAUCCUUUGAAGCUUUCCUUCUACCCGAGGAUGAUCCACGCCUUCAAUACGCUAAAGAUGAAAUGUCCAAGACUGGGAAGCCCAGGCGAGAAAGGGACUGGGAGGUAUGCCGUGGCCGUCACGAAGAGUACCGAACCAUAGAGAAUCUUGGGAUCUCAAGACCCAUCCUCAACUGGACCAAUGACGGCUCCGCCAAAGCUUCAAGUUACUUGUGGACUGAUUGGACCUUGUCGCAAGUCGAGCGCGUGUGGGAUUCGAUUGAGAUAUGCUAUCUACGCAAUGCCGCUAGAGGAUUCGACUCGUUCUUCAAGACACGCGUCUGGGAGCUGUCUCAGAACAUCGACCGUUUCACAGACGGCGCUCGCCCCGGCGUCAUCAACUGUCUUACACCGACUGGUCAACCGUUCUUAUCAGUACGCGGUGGCCCAAUCACUGGGCUUGAAGCCAUCUCACUUCAAGGCCUGCCAAUCGACGUGUUACUACUGACACGCGAGAGCCAGAGAGAAUUGAUAGACCUUGCGGGCAAUGCGAUGACUUCCACAGUGGUUGGGGCGGCUCUUCUGAGCGCCUUGGCUGUAAGUCAUACCAUUCUGACGAGGACGAAGGAGCCAGUCAACCAGACGCUUCAUGAUUUAGGCCACAACCUGGAGGGGAUGAGAGACAGCGAACUUGGGCAAAAGCAAGCCCUGGGGUUUGAUGGUUCUAGUGACUCAUCACUUGAAGAGCUCUGCAAGAUGGCCAAAGCGAGUGUUCGUCUAUGUCACUGUGAAGGUCAAAGUCUUACAGCCCCGGCCUUAAUUCGCAUAUGUAAAUGCUGCCAUCAUCAUUGCUGCGAGAAGUGUGGUAACAUGCCCAAGCACGAUUACGAGCUUCUUGGGGGAAAUGGAGCACCUGUGCGUACGGAACCUCAAGAAUUUCGAAGGCGAUUGAGGUACGCUAUACCAACCAGGCUUGAGAUUGACGGUUUCUCCUCCGAGACAUUAGAAGUAUUCGCACAGCUUUUCCCGGACGGCUCAAAGCAAGACUGGAGACUGUUCAGCGAGGCCAUCCUACUCGCGUCCAAGCAGGAAUACCGCUACGAAUCUGCCAGGCGCUCGCACUGCUGGACAAUUACCUACAGUGCUACGCAUUCCCGACUGGAACUUGUCUUCGACCAAGAAGAAGUGUAUUGGCUGUUGUACGGCAAACCAGGUCAAACAGAGACCGGGAACAGUCGUGUGAGAACACUGCUCGACCAUCCCCUUGCACGACUGACAGUUCGUGGUACGACUAUGCGAGGUGAAUCCACGAAGGCAGAAAGCAUGCUCAAAGGCUCUUGGGAAAUUUGCUUACCAAUAGCUCACACCUUUCCAAUCACUGUUACCCCCCAAGGAGAACUGACAGACUCCUGGGAGAAGAAGCUCGGCCUGCAGGGUGAAAAGUUCAUUGACAAACAAGUAUACACAUCCUUGCACGUUGCUCGCACGUCAGUUCCUGCAGCAGAAUUAGCUUUGGAUCAUGAUAUUUGCGGAGAUUACGAUCUUUUGGACAAUUGCGGAACAGCUUGCAGCAGCCUUCACAAGAAGAGAUCGACCACGGAUGGUCACGACGCACCCCCCCUCUUUCUUUUCCUCGAUGCGGAUCGAAUGGGACUACCUAAUCAUGAUAGCUUUGUCUUUUCUACUGAGAUUCAGCGGCUAGAAUACGGUGAAAGUCGUUACAUUACAGCCAAGGUCGAGAGUGAAUGGCGACCACCUUGCAAGGGCUCUGAUCCACGAACAGACUGUGCCGUCCCCACACAAGCAGAAUGCACCGUCUCCAGCCGAUGGAGUCCUUGCCCGAUCUUUCUGCGACCUCACAAAGAGUUGGAAGAAGCGUCCUCGAGGUUCCCCAACAGCGAAAUAUCGAUUCCGGUCUUUGGUACAGAUCAGCAUCUAUCACAAUCGUCUGCUGACGAUGUAUAUGGUUGCUUGCAUGAAACUGCGACGACUGCGUUGUUAUCUUGCGAGAUACCGGGACAAGUGGUUGACAGCGUUGGCUGGCGGGUAGGACAUUGGACGACCAUAGAUCAAAACUCUGGGCGCGAGAUUGCUGCGGCAUUUGCAUGGCUAUUCGCACGAGUGAAAGACCUUGGAGAUUUCGAAGGAGGCUGGAGGUCCCUUGGUCCCUGUCCAAGUGGCUAUCGAAAAUGUCUCACCUGUGCUCCGGAGCCCCCAAGAAUAAUGUGGACGUGCUCAAGAAGUGCCAAUGAAGACAAGAUCAUACCUUACGAAGAUGGGCGAGAGGCUGGCAAUUUCGAGCGAAAAAUCAAAGCUCGACCAGCUCCCUUUUUGGUGCAAACCUACAUCGAUGACGAUGAAAAGCGUACAGGUCGUCUCUUGGUGGGCUUAAACCUACCAACCUUGGUCCACCGGGCUUUGGCUAGACUUGGCAACAUUGCAGACAGCGACGACAUCGAGAUGGAUUGGCGUCUUGACACCGGAUUUGAAGCGCCAACCCGUUACAAGCUCAAAGAACUCACUCUGCCGAACAACGAGCUUGCUUCCCAGGCUGAGUAUGACUUUCCAACUGGCGAACAGCUUCGGCCUGAACAGAAGCGGUCUCUUCAGUGGAUGAUUGGCCAAGAGGCCGAUGAGAUGGUGUUCUACGAAGAAGAAAUUGAAGAAGCAACCUUGUCACAGCUAAGCUGGAGGGCAGAAGCACGUGUAAGACGUGUCCGGACUGUUCGAGGAGGCAUUCUGGCCGACGAGGUUGGGUACGGCAAGACCGCAACGACUCUUGCACUGAUUCACGCACAAGAAGAGAGUGCGAAAGAGUACGCAAGUAACAAAAACGCCGGUUGCAUCUCUGUCAAAGCGACCUUGAUCCUAGUACCACCCCACCUAGUCCACCAGUGGAAAGGGCAAGCCCACAAGUUCCUGGGGAUAAGUUCAAACGACGACAAGAUCCUGGUCAUUGAGGACCUGACUGACCUAGCAAGAAUUUCGGUCCAGCGGAUCAAACAAGCUACCAUUGUCCUCACUUCCUGGAGAGUUUUAAGUAGUCCAGCAUAUAUGACCCGGAUGUCGCAUUUUGCGGCGCUGCCAGAAGGUCCGUCCAGCGGAGACCGUGAAACUGAUGUCUGGCUCACCCGAGCAUGUGGUAACAUCAAGAAGCAUAUGGGCGAACUCGUCAGCGAGCAACACAGUCCCAUAGACUUUGCCGCAGUCCUGAAGCUAAGAUUGAAAGCAGCUCAUACUGACAAGGAUAUAAUCCGCGAUGUCCCUACACAGCGGCUUAAAGGCGCCAAAUACACCACUUGGAAUCCAGCGGAAUGCGUAACACCAAAGGACCCUUCCCCCAAGGAGCAAGAUCUGGAGAAAUUCUUCAAGCACAUGACGAGAGAGGGUUGCACUGACCUGAAUUCUAUGACUGGUAUCUUGUUGCACAUGUUCGAUUUCCAUCGAAUUGUUGUUGACGAAUACACGUACGUCGACAAAAGUCAGCAGGCCGGGAAGCUCUCUAAAUUCAUUACCACCAUCAACGCGCGUUCUAGAUGGGUGCUCUCUGGGACUCCCAGCAUUCAGGACUUUGGAGAUGUGCGCAUCCUUGCCAGCUUCUUAGCAUACAACCUUGGGGUUGUGGAUGAUGCCGCAGGGGUCCUCAAAGGGGCCGCAAUACGGCAUAUCAGGGACGAUAGAACUGCCGCCGAGCAAUUCCGGGCAUAUGGCUAUUCACAUACCGCUGCAUGGCACAUAAGUAGGCAAGCCCACGCGCAGAGAUUCCUCGACAAGUUCGCUAGUAAGAACGUCGCCGAGAUCGGACUCAUCAGAUGCAUGACGGAUCUUCGCCCACAUUGCCUUGGAGCAGCUGAGACCAUAGUUAAUGCUGAGCUUCAGCAACAACUACAAUCCACAGAAAUGAAGAUUGUCCUACGUGGUAAGAGCAAGAAUGACAAUGAUAGACUUCGGCGAUACCAAGAUCUACUCCAAGACUGCCAGACAGCGUCAGAAUGCCUUUUGAGGGCCUGCUCAUACUUCGAAUUGGUGGACACACGAUCUGCGGAGAGCGAGCCAUCCGGAGAUGCAAUGGACGUCGACGUUGAGGAUGAAGAUGACUUUCUUGAUGAAGAAUACGAGAAAUUCUCAUUUCCUACAACAGAACUGUUCGGGGCCUGCGAAACAAUGAUCAGUAUCCGUGAGAAACAGAUGAAAGCACUGGUUGCGGAGUUGGAGUACAACCUGUUACACGCCGCAUGGCUGGAGCAGCAAUGUGGGCGCGCAACAGCACCGGAGUACCAAGGCUCGCAUUACCGUCAAUGGAAGUCAGAAAUAGAGAUUAUUGGUCUCAGAGACCCUACAGCCACUUCUGACCUUCGCCACUACCUCAUCGCAGCUCUCGAAAAGGUCGAUGCCAAUACCGAAGAGAUAUACUACCGCGAUCCCCCAACCGCUGAAGACCUGAAAAGGGAGAAGAAAGCCGCAGACGAGCUCAAAAAGCAGGCAAAAGACAAGCGAACAGCGGACAGAAGACUCAAGAAAGCCGGCGAAGGCAAUCAGAGCCGAAAGGCAUCAAGAAUGUCCAAAGCUACCGCUUGUCCAGAUGAAGAUCCAGAUGAAGACUUCGCAGAAAUGGUUGUCGGCGAUAGCGAAUCCAUCCAAGCAGGUGACAUGGAUCCCAACAUGGCUCCCAAUCCCGCAGAUCCCAAGCCAAACAAGAUUCGCAAAGACGACUUCAAGAAGUAUGCUAGCGUGCUUCGAGGCCUCACGGGUCAUCUAAGGAGUCUGGUAGCAGAGUUGACCUCUAGGACGAGGUCCCUCCGCUUCGCCCGCGGCGCAGAGGAGCUCUCACAGUGGUAUACUGAUCUCAGCAAGCCACCUACAUGCAGAGCUUGCGGCAAAGUUGUACUUGAUCAUAACAGUAUCAGCAUCAACAUUCGCUGCGGUCACUCCACCUGCCAAGACUGCAUCCAGACGACGCACCUCGCUAUAUGCGCUGUCGAUGGCUGUUGUGAGGGAUCCGACCCAUAUCGCCUGAGAAAGGGCGUGGACCUUGUUGGCGAUGGGGAGACCUGGACACGCGGCUCAAGGCUGGGUCACAUCAUCGAAUUGAUCAACAGUUUACCAAAGGACGAACAAGUCCUACUGUUUGUUCAAUUCGAGGAUGUGAUGCUCAAAAUGGCCUCAGGAUUGGAGGAGGCUAACAUCUCUUGCUAUGCGUUGAGUCAGAAAGCCGGCCAUCAGAUCGUCGACAUGAUGAAUGAUUUCCAAGAUAACCAGGGGAAGAAUAAGAAGAAAGUUCUGCUCCUCAACCCCUCAAAUGAAACCGCGUCCGGAAUCAACCUCACCAACGCAAAUCACAUCAUCUUCGCGUCUCCCCUCCUCACUAAAACGCAACAGUCGUACAACGCUUCAAUGACACAGUGCAUUGGACGAGCGAAGAGAUACGGUCAGCAAAAGACCGUGCACGUUUAUAGAUUCUUCGCCCUCAGAACUAUCGACGUCGACAUCUUGCAAGAGCGCGAAGUGAAGACAUUGGUGAAGAAGAAGGACCUCAAGGGUAAAAGGGCCGAGCGGCGCGGAAUUGAUAGGGGGCAACCAAGCGGGGAGUCAAGUGGAGAGUGGUUGUUGGUAACAGAGAAUGCGUUUGAUGACACCCUGGAGGCUGGCUGGGGGUCCGGUUACGACUUUAAGUCGGACCCAACCGCGGACGAGUAG